AUGCGGCUUUGUGGAAGAGAACCAGAAAUGCAGCGGUGUGCUGGAAUCGCCGGAAGGUUUCCCACUACGUAUAGAUUCUUUGGCGAGCCUGUGGUAGAAGCUUGUGUUGAAAAUGGUGCAAGCUGCAUUGAUAUCAGCGGAGAACCCCAGUUUUUGGAAGGAAUGUACCUGAAAUACAAUGAAAAAGCCGCAGAAAAGAGAGUCUAUGUCAUUGGAAGCUGUGGCUUUGACUCAAUACCAGCGGAUAUGGGAGUACUGUACACCAGAGACAAAUUGAAAGGUACCUUAACUGCUGUUGAAAGUUUCCUGAAGGUGAAAUCUGGGCCUGAGGGUUCUUGUAUACAUGAUGGGACCUGGAAGUCAGCUGUUUAUGGCCUUGCGGAUCAAGACAACCUGAGGAAGCUUCGAAAAAAGAUAGGCUAUGCCCCUGUUCCAGUAGUUGGUGCAAAACUUAAGAGAAGAGGACUUGUGUUUUACAAUCAGGAAUUCAAAGAGUACUCCAUUCCAUUCAUGGGAUCUGAUGCCUCUGUUGUGAAACGGUCUCAGCGUUAUUUGCACACAGAGUUACAGGAAACACCUGUGCAGUAUGGUGCUUAUGUGAAUGUAGGUGGUCUUGGCUCUGUUAUCAAGCUGAUGUUUGCUGGCAUUUUAUUUCUUCUUCUUGUGAAGUUUAGCUUCGGAAGAAAACUUCUGAUAAAAUACCCAGAAUUUUUCUCUGCUGGACGCUUCACAAAGGAAGGACCAACCCAGAAACAGAUGGAUGGGACCUCUUUUACAAUGACUUUUUUUGGCGAGGGUUACAGUGAGGGGCAAGAUCCCCAGAAUGGCAAACCAAAUGUCAAGAUCUGCACCGAAGUGAAAGGACCAGAGCCUGGCUAUAUUGCUACACCAAUCGCAAUGGUUCAAGCUGCUGUGUCUCUUCUGGAAGAUUCAGCUUGUCUGCCUAAAGGAGGUGGUGUAUAUUCUCCGGGAGCUGCCUUCUCCAAAACAAAACUGAUUGAGCGCCUCAACAAACGUGGUGUUGAGUUCUCUGUUAUUAGCAAGCCUGAAGUUUGAAGUCAAAACCUAACUGUACAAACUAACACCUUUCCUGGGUCUAACUCCAAUAAAACUCAUUUGGCUGUAAAAGUCUAAUCAUAGAAUAGUUUCACUGUGCUAUUGUUUACAGCA